UUAAAUAUUGUGUAAUAGUGAUUCUAAGUGAAAACUGACAUGAACGAAUAAGUGAGUUUUGGCAUUAUUAAAAGAAAUUAGAUCUCAAGAUUUUAAAAUGUAUGAUUAGUUUUAUUUUCAAGAUUGCUAUCCAAUGAUUAAUAUAUCAAGCAAAGGUUUCAAAUGAGAAAUGAAAUUCGCCAUAUAUAUCACAUGUUUAAUUCUCAGUUAUAUUACCCGUGGUGUGAAAACAAGAAUUGAUACAAAACAAAUUAUAGUGUUGUUAUCAUUCGAUGGAUUUCGGCAUGAUUUCAUUGAACGAGAAAAUUUAAAAAACUUUAAAGAGAUAGCUCGCUCUGGCGUAAGAGCAAAGUCUUUACAAACUACAUUUGUAACAAAAACAUUUCCAAAUCAUUUUACCAUGGUAACUGGACUGUAUGAAGAGUCCCAUGGCAUUGUGGGUAACUACAUGUAUGAUCCUGUUUAUAAGGAACAUUUUGAUCCAAUUCAGUCAUCAGACGAUCCAAAAUGGUGGAAUGCAACCACGCCGAUCUGGAUAUCAAAUGAAAUACAAUUCUUAAAAGAUUCAAAGCGUACUCGAAAAAGUGCUACUAUUUUAUGGCCUGGAUCCGAAACAAGUUAUGAUGGUCAUUGGCCUUACUACACAAGAAAAAAGUACGAGUCAAAUAUGACAGCAAAGAAUAGAUUUGACAGGAUUUUAAGUUUAUUAACAGAACCAAAUCCAGUGAAUUUCAUAGCGUGUUACUUUGAUGAGCCUGAUAAGACUUCUCAUUUGUAUGGUCCUGAUCAUAAGAAUACAUCACGUGUUCUAAACGAGUUAGAUGAUACCAUUGGUCAUUUUGUCGACAGGUUAAAAAAUAUCGACUUAUACGAUAAGAUUAACAUUAUGCUGGUCAGUGAUCAUGGCAUGGCAUCUGUACCAUCAAAGAAUAUCAUCAAACUAUCCAACAUCAUUCACCCCAACGAAUAUGACCUAGUUAGCUAUGGUACAUUUCUACUCAUUCGACCUAAAAAGGGAAUGACGAAAAAAAUAUACAAAAAACUUAAAAAUAUUACACAUAUUAAGACAUAUUAUCGCCAAGAUAUUCCAAAACAAUGGCAUUAUAAAAACAAUCGAAGGGUAACAAAAAUAUUUGCCAUAGCUGAUGAAGGAUACUACGUUACUCCAGGACAGGCCAAUGACUACCCAUACCCGAGAGGGGAUCACGGCUAUGAUAACAUGUUAAUGUCCAUGCACGGUAUCUUCAUAGCACAUGGACCUGCAUUUAAAAAGAAACAUGAAAUUGAUAUAGUGUAUAAUAUAGAUAUUUAUAGUCUAAUGUGCCAUAUUCUGGAUAUAACUCCACAUCCCAACAAUGGCACAUUUGAGCGCGUUCAAGAUAUUGUCGCAGAAAAAACGAUAUUUAAAGUGCUAAUGAAGUCACCUGCUCUCGCUAUUACGUUGUUAUCUGUAUGUGGAAUCUUUGUUCUCGUGGUAAUACUAGGAUGCACAAUAUCUUGUUAUCGCAACCUUGUCAAAUCAUCAAAAUAUUCUAAAUUAAGUUCCAAUGACGAACCACUGGCGCGAUGGCACGAAGAUGACGAAGUCACGGAAUUUGACCUUCGAGAGAGGUAAAGAAAAACAAGAAUAGAUAACCAAUAAAAAUAAUGUGAAUAGGGAAAAUAGGAAGCCUAUACUGAAGAUGUCGUUGAAAAGAAAAUUAUAUUUAUAACUAAAUUAAGAAUAGGAAAUAAAUUUAAUAUAACAAUUAA